AUGAAGUCGAGCGGUGUCUCCCCGGAAGGUCCCAAGAGGAGGCUGACGACGAGGGCCCUAAGCGGUGCCAUGAGGCAGUACCGGGCGAGGCUGUACAUCAUCCGGCGUUGUGUUGUUAUGCUCCUCUGCUGGCAUGACUGA